GAGCUCAGGCGCUCCAGGCGAGGCCGGGCCACGUGCUUCCCGAGUGGUCGGCAAACGAGAGCGGACGCGCGGGCCCUCGCAGUGCACGCUGCAGCGAUGUCGGGGUCAUCCGCCAGGAGCCUGGGGAAGGGAAGCGCGCCCCCGGGCCCGGUCCCAGAGGGUGUGAUCCGCGUCUACAGCAUGAGGUUCUGCCCCUUCGCGCAGAGGACGCUGAUGGUCCUGAAGGCCAAGGGGAUCCGGCAUGAAAUCGUCAACAUCAACCUGAAAAACAAGCCCGAGUGGUUUUUUAAGAAGAAUCCCUUGGGGCUGGUGCCAGUUCUGGAGAACAGUCAGGGUCACCUGAUCUCUGAAUCUGUCAUCACUUGUGAGUACCUGGAUGAGGCUUACCCGGAGAAGAAGCUGUUUCCAGAUGACCCUUAUGAGAAAGCUCUCCAGAAGAUGACCUUUGAGCUGUUCUCUAAGGUGCCGCCACUGGUUACAAGCUUUAUUAGGGCAAAGAGGAAGGAAGACCAUCCUGGCAUAAAAGAAGAAUUGAGGAGAGAAUUCAGCAAGCUGGAGGAGGCUAUGACUAAUGUGAAGACAGCCUUCUUUGGUGGGAAUUCUCUCUCUAUGAUUGAUUAUCUUAUUUGGCCUUGGUUUCAACGACUAGAAGCACUGGAACUCAAUGAGUGUAUAGCCCACACCCCCAAACUCAAGCUCUGGAUGGCAGCCAUGCAGAAAGACCCUGUGGUAUCAUCCCACUUCAUUGAUGCCAAGACCUAUUGUGAUUACUUAAAUCUCUACCUACAGGACAGCCCUGAGGCCUGUGACUAUGGGCUCUGAAGGGCAAGUGUCCUCACCCAACGAAUGAUGUUUUCCUUCACUGAGUAAAUAUCAUGCUUCCAUUUUA